AUGUCGACUCCAACGCAAACCAGCACCGGCGUCACACCUCCUCGGCCAACACACCACAUCCGAGCGGACGGUACUCGCGGGCGCCGAAUUCGCGACCCACCACCACCGCGUCCGACGCCUAAAUCACCAUCAUACGCCCAGAUCAAAGAACUCUGCGCCAUCUGGAAGUUCAAAGACUGGAGGGAGCUGCCCGCCGAGCACUUCGACCUCGGAAAUGGCGCUUACAUUGCGCCCUGUUGA